CAGAAUGUGGCAGUCAUGUCGGCUUUUGCUUUGGGCUGUACAUUGUUGCAACAGUCAUAAACGGUCUGAAAUAUGAAUCAUGCCGUUCUGUUUGCAUCUUUGAUAUGUUCUCUCAGGAUUAAUAGUUGGAAUGGCGAGGAGUAUUAGUGUCGUUGUUGAUUAAAUUUGAGGUAAAUUCACUGCCAUGGCAUCACUGUCUGAGGAAGUACUUCUGGUGCUGAAGAAGGUCCGACAGAGAAAGCAAGACGGAACACUCUAUCUGAUGGCAGAGCGUAUUGCGUGGGGUCCCGAAGGAAAAGACAGAUUCACUGUCAGUCACUUGUAUGCAGACAUACGCUGUCAGAAGAUCAGCCCUGAUGGGAAAGCCAAAAUCCAGCUUCAGCUUGUUCUUCACAAUGGUGAGAGCACCACAUUCCACUUUUCAAAUGACAGCACCGCCCUCAAAGACCGGGAAGCUGCAAAGGAACUGUUGCAGCAACUUCUGCCCAAGUUCAAGAAGAAGGCCAACAAAGAACUGGAAGAGAAAAACAGAAUGCUGCAGGAGGAUCCAGUGCUUUUCCAACUGUAUAAAGAUUUAGUCGUCAGCCAGGUGAUCAGUGCAGAGGAAUUUUGGGCGAACCGUGUUGGAAGCCUCAAUGACAGCGAGUCAACGGUUAAUAACGGUAAACAGGAAGUAGGCAUUUCAGGAGCCUUUCUGGCAGAUAUUAGACCUCAAACAGAUGGAUGCAAUGGCCUAAGAUAUAACCUGACUGCUGACAUCAUUGAAUCCAUUUUCAGAACGUACCCAGCAGUGAAGCAGAAGUAUCGUGAAAACGUGCCACACAACUUUACUGAGAAAGAGUUUUGGACCCGCUUUUUCCAGUCCCAUUAUUUUCACAGAGAUCGCAUCAGCAUGGGAAGCCAAGAUAUUUUUGCAGAAUGUGCAAAGCAGGAUGAAAAAGGUAUAAAGAAUAUGGCAAACCAAGGAGUGAAGAAUCCUCUGGUGGACCUCCUCUCAUUGGAGGAUAAAUCACUGGAUGAGGGUUAUGGCGUCUGCACAGCACAACCAUCAACUUCCAACAGGACAGUGAAGGAGAGCAGCAACCACGCCAUUAUAAAGCGGUUCAACAAUCACAGUGCCAUGGUGCUGGCUGCUAGCACACGCAAAGGUGACGCACCUACUGACCAAGCGAGUGAAACAAGCAGCACAGAUGGAAACUCAAGAGAUUCUGACUUCUUCCAGCCUCCUUUAAAAAAGGUUAAAUUACAAGAAGCUAUCGAGUAUGAGGAUCUGCAAAUGGAAAAUGGACCAAAAACAGUUGCGCUGAACCUGAAAAAGUCAGACAGGUAUGCUCACGGCCCUGUGCCUCUGCAGUCACAACAGUACACAACAAGCCAGGAAAUCAUCAAUUCCGUCAGCUGCAUCCGGCAUGAGAUGGCAAAUUACAAACCCGACCUUACUCAGGUGUUGACAAGUUCAGCCGCAAGUUCUGCCAUCGCAGCUCUCUCUCCAGGAGGUCUGCUGAUGCAGACGGGAGUGCAGCACGCUGUAAAUCAGAUGGUUCCCUCAGAUCUUCAAGGAGAGUUGAAGCAUCUCUAUGUGGCUGCUGCUGAAUUGUUGAGGCACUUCUGGUCCUGCUUCCCUGUAAACUCACCAUUUUUGGAAGAGAAGGUGGUUAAAAUGAAGACUAAUCUGGAGAGAUUUCAGAUGACCAAACUCCGUCCUUUCCAAGAACAGAUUCAGCGACAGUAUUUAAGUACCAAUCUCACGGGACAUUUGGAGCAGAUGUUGCAGACGGCCUACAGCAAGUUCCAUGUCUGGCAAACCCGCCGCAUGAUGAGGAGAAACUGAGGAGGAAUGACUCAUUUGAAGAGGAAGACUAAAGUAUUAUGGACUGGGCUGAGGAGCCUCUUCAGACUGUCAAGGAGCCGAUAGAUGACAGUGGCUUAUCAUGAGGAAAAGCGCUGCUACAACCCAUAUGAUUGACAGACUGAUGUAUGAAUUACUUUUAUAAGUUUUGUCAACUUUUUUUAAGUCAAGAGAAGUUGGUCCAAUGGAACCUUAAUAAAAAAAUGUGACCAAACUUCAAGUGGAAAUGAGAAAAGCCCUCAGGAGACACGGAUGAGAACUGCCAGGAGGACGCUGAGCCUUGGGACGGAGCAUAGCAAUAAUGUAAAGACAUUCAACACUGGAGUGCUUUAAUGUUUGUGACGCAAACAACAUGGUUGCUGGUUCGGUUUGUCUGCACCUUCUAUCUGCACUGUAGACCAAAAUGUUUCUCCGAAUUAAAGAAAAUGUUGAAAACUGUCGUUUGGGUUUAGACUUUUGCGCUUUUUGGUUUUGUUUUGAUCGAGCAAAAAAAAAGGUGUGUCAUUGUGUCUGAGUUUAAUGACACAUUUACUGAUUUCUCUGGACUGGAUUUUGUAUUUUUGGCCGACUACAUUGAAUAUUCAGUUGAAAAUGAUUUAAGUUUGGACGUUACAGAAAAU